AUGGGGUGUCUGCCCUGCAGGGGCUGGCUGGCCUGGUGCUCCCACCUGCGCACCCUCCUCCUGAGCCUGCUCCUCAUCUACGUCUCCGUGCCCUUCCUCGUCCGCCUCUUCCCCAACCACAUACUCACCAAAUUCGUCUUCCUGAACUUCUUGGCCUUCCCCUUUUUCGUGGACCUUCAGCGACCGGAGCUGCUGCUGAACAACACCAUCAACCUGUACCUCACCACUGAGCCGGGCAUCACAGUUGGCAUCUGGCACACAGUGCCAGGCAGCAGAGGGGCCGAGGCUCAGGGCAAGGACCAGCGCUGGUACGAGGAGGCUCUUGCUGAUGCUCACCCCGUGAUCAUCUACCUGCACGGCAAUGGGGGGACCAGGGCCGCGAGUCACCGUGUCCAGUUCUUGAAGACGAUGGGGGCUGCUGACUUCCACAUCCUGGCUCUCGACUACAGAGGCUAUGGGGACUCCAGUGGGUACCCCCUGGAGAGCGGCUUCACCACGGAUGUCCUGGCACUCUACGACUGGGCCAAAGCCCGGAGUGGGAACAGCAGCAUCCUCUUCUGGGGACACUCCUUGGGGACAGGGAUUGCCACCAACGCGGCAAGGAAACUGCAGGAGGAGCGAGGGGUGCAGGUUGAUGCCGUGGUGCUGGAGUCACCCUACACCAACAUCCGUGAGGCUGCCGCCCACAUCCCCGUCACCAAGAUCUACCGGCAGUUCCCAGGUUUCGGGUACCUCAUCCUGGACUCACUAGCCCUGGGCAACAUGUUCUUCCCCAGCGACGAGAAUGUGAAGGUGCUGAGCUGCCCCCUCCUCAUACUGCACACAGAAGAUGAUGAGGUGGUGCCUCUGCAUCUGGGCCGCAAGCUCUUUGAGACAGCACGCAGCGCCUACAAGGACAAAAGCAAGGUGAAGUUCAUCACCUUUCCCAAAAAUCUGGGCCUGGGCCACGACUACAUCUCCUUCAACCCGGAACUGCCCACCUUGGUGAAAGACUUCUUGAAUUUGAAGUGA